AUGCAGACGCGCAAACAACAAGAACAUGCAGCUUCAAGGAAGAGGAUCUGUGAGCUGGACGACGACACUCCUGAAAAAAACGCCAAUUCGUAUGAUGAGGACGUGAAAACGAGGAAAGAUGUACCCAUUCCAGGCCUAAAUAUGGGGAAUAAAGUGAGUGCAUUGAGGACAAAAAAGAAACGCAACAAUAGCGCACGAGCAUCUUGUGAAGACAGGAAGCAGCUGUCAAAAAAACAGAAGGUUACUAAGGUAGCUGGUCCUCGUAUGGAUCAUGAAUCACCUCCUAUCUUUGCUUUUAAGACAAUAAACACGUCGUUUCGCAAGAGGAAAUUGCUCAAACAGGAACGACAGCUAGAAGAAGAGGAACAAAACAAGAAACGCAUCGAGGACUUGGUCGUAUACUUCAAAAAUUUAGACAAAGUGAUGCUGGAGACAGCUUGA